AUGAACAUUACCGCAGUAAGCAGUACCACGCCGCCCGUCGUACAUGUCGACCAUCCGUACGUAAUAUUUGCGCGGGAGAUCUACGUCUGGCUGGUACCGUUGAUGGUCACCGUCUUGUUGGUAGGUGUUUAUGACAUUGUUAGGUUGAGACAGAAAGAAAUAUUUCUCGAAUCAAAAAAUAUUUGUUGACUAAUGAGCUUUACUAUGAAUACAUAUUUGUUAGGGUAUUUUGCAAUUUUUCUUUUUUGAAUAAGACUAACGAUAUAAAGUGGCACCAAUGUAACCACCCAAAGUGGCAUUUUCAAAAAGUUUGUUUUAUAGUUGGUUACUAGUUAAGACAUGUAUUAAAUGCUUAUUACUAAGCCUGCAAGUGCCACCGUAAGGAAACUUGCUAAAGCAGUAGUAGGUACUGCUUCACCUGUUUUCAUUAUUGAUAAAACCAGGCUCUAGUGAGCUUCAAAACUUUUAUAUGACACUUUGAGUUGUGACCCUUCUUUUUGUUAAUAUUCCGUUUCUAAUUUCACUUUAUAUUACUCUAGGUAUCUCGUUGCCUUUUGCUAUGUUGCCCACCUUAUUGAUUGUAAUGUAACUUUGUAAGCUUCUAAUCCUCGAAUUUAAUUAAAUUAGCAUAAUUAAAGUAGCGCAUAACAGUCUGUCCUUAAUUUAACUUUUAAUUAGUCCGAUAAGAUUAAUUCCUCGUAAAGUGCCAAACAUCGCUUCCGUAUAGUGACAGUCGGGCGUGUAAGCAACGUUAAUCAUGUGUAUAUGUUUCGCUGGUCCAUACAUCACCACGCUGUGAUUAAUGUAGUGCAGUAAACAUCUUCCCAGGUAUUGUUUUAUGUUUUAGAGACCUUACGAUGGCAACUGCCAUUUAUUCUGUCACUAGUUUUCUCGUUAGGAAGUUGGCCAACAAUAAGAUUACGUUAAGACUUGUUUUGCAGACAUCGUAUCACGUUUAAUAUGAGUUUCAUUGUGUCAUAUAUAAUGAAAGUGCAAUUUUUUAAACCUGAAGCACGUUAAAAACAGUUUUAAGUUUACAAUUAGGUAAAAAACUCCACUUAUUAUAACAACAUACAGUUAUAAUUCUACAAUAUCAUAAACAGUAUAUGUAAUCAUAUCGUAUGUUCAGAUAUCAGUGAUUGGCAACGGACUCAUCGUGAUAUCAGCACCAUGGAUGGGUCGACAAAUCAAUCCUUAUCACCGGCUGUGUAUCAGUUUGGCUGCAUCAGAUUGUUGGGCGGCUUCACUGCUAAUUACCGGUAUGUCAAAAAAUUCACAUAAACGCGUCAUUCUUUUUGAAACAACAUUUUUAUUUAUUUCUUGAGUAAUUGUGUUUGCGCCAUUCUUUUUGCAUCAAGUAUAAUAUUGGCAUCGUUGCAUUAAAACAAUAUUUUUAGCGCCACUACUUUUGCAUCAACAAUAAGGUUGUGCGCCGUUCUUUAUUAGGCUUAAAUGUCGCAAUCGUAGUUUGUUUCUGAAUCUGCCUUUCUAAUAAGUUUUGCUGUUACCAUGACAUUACUAAAGAUACCAAGCUUGCCUAAACGUACUGUACUCUCUCUACGUAACUUGCAGUAAUACCCAAAUAUAGUAAAGUGUAGUAUUGUAGUUGUGACACACUACUUUGUAUGUAGAGUAUAUCUAUAUACAUAAAGUUGGCUUCUACUUUACUUCGUGGUCAAAGUGUAAAGGUUGAAGAUACGUUCCACUGACUUGUCUUUUACGCAUUUACCGCCAUAUAGUUCUAAACCUUCCUGUAGUAAUAGAUCUCAUAGCAAUAUAACUGUCAUACCACAACCAAAAACAAUAAAAUACCAUAUAGUAAUACAACAAAAGCCGUUUUAUCACACAGUAAAGUGAUGUUAGUCAUAUUACAGGCCUUAUUGUAAACAGUUACAUGCCAGUAGUGCUCAGAAUCCAGAAGAACAACGAAUGUGUCGCUGCCGUGCUGGAAAUCUUCAGAAUCUCAGGGAUGCUCACCUCCAAUCUACAUAUCUUGGCCUUGGCCACAAACCAAUUCGUCGGAAUUCUGUAUCCGCUACGCUACAAGGCAAGUGCGUCUUCUCGCUGUCACUACGCGUAGUACUCUAAUAUAUCAUGUACUCUGUUCGUAGUAAUGCCAAAAAGUAGUACUACGAAGCAUAAACAAUGUGUUGGUCAAGACGUUCUUAGAACAAAUCUGUGGCAUGAUAUCCCCUGCCUAUUAAAUUUCUGACCAAUGGGUUAAACGCUUGAACAUGAGUAUACCACCUAUAAUAUAAUAAAUAAUAUGUAAAGUUGCACCGUUGAUAUUAUGUUAACAGUAUCAGCAGCCACAGUAACCUUAAGUUUCAGAUGUUGAUAACAACCAGUCGUUUGCGUCGCCUCAUCUUUUUGUUGUGGAUAGUGCCAGUCGUCUUCGUGACAUCGUGGUUCGUUCUGAUUCCGGGCGACGGAUUCCGUGACUUCAAAUGUCGUCAACGCUUCUACCGUCGCUUCCCUUUCAGACUGAGUGUCUUCGUAUCUUUCGUGGUACCAUUAUUUGCGACAUUUGCUCUGUACGGCUUCAUCGUACGCUAUCUACUGAAUGCGAAAGCAAAGUCAGCUCACGAAAUGAGGUGGGUUAAUCUACCAUAAUAUUAAGAGAAGAACAGCCGUUCAAAGGUUAAUACCCGGAUAAGCACAUAACAUACCCAAUACGAUAGUUACGAUGAUCAGGACAACUUUUAGUAACUUAACGACUAAUCUGCAAAGCCUAAACUAUAACUAAAGCCUGACUAACCAUGUUGUUGUUGAUGAGUAAGGUCGUUAUUAACUUAAUCCCACUUCAGAAGGUCGGUCAGAAACAGUUAUCGACGCAAAGUCCAAUCCAGGCUAAAACUGAUGUGGACGACUUUGCUAAUCCUGAGCACGUUCACGUUAUCAUGGGGCGUUUGUGUGUUGUACUUCCUGUUGGUAUGUGUGGAGGGAUGUCCCUUCAUCUACAUGCAAAGCGUUAGCUUCUACGCCGGGUUCUUGCUCAGUUCUACCGUCAAUUUCUUGGUGAGUAAUCGUCAAUAUACGUAUGGUUUGAUAAGAAGCAUAAACGAUCGUUUAUAUUUUGUCAGACGAUAAAAAUUUGUUAGAAAGAUCACUAAAAUAUUGCUUAAGCUUCGGAAAGUGGUCAGAAAGUUAUAGAAUCACAUUUUAUGAGCAUAGUUACGCUUUUCUUUCCCCACACAAAUAUUGUCAUCCGUUUUAUACCUAUUUUAAAGCUGAACCCCUUCCAGGUCGCCCUGAAGCUGCUCUUCAAUCCUCUGAUCUACGCCCUUCGCAUGAAUCACAUCCGAGCCAGUGUUCUAGCCUGCCUCAAAACAGUAUCGUUCACAGUGUUUCGUCGCUCCUUCUCCAACCAUAACGUCAACUUCGAGUCUACCUCCUUCGACCCCCACUCUCCUCAUAUGGUACCUUGUCGCUCAGCUGAUGGAAUCGCCAAGAAGAAGAACAUGAUGGCCGUCAGGAGCACAUCCUCGAGUAGAUUGUGCGAGAUCUCCAAGAAGAACAAGACCGUGUCUUCAGAAAGUAUUCAUUUACUCACUAGUGAUGACAUACGACGCCGUACUUACAGGUAUGGGGAGUAA